AUGCCUGCUCCAGGCGAUCAACACAGCGGCAACCUCGCCAACCCGUUCGAGGAGCCGCAGAAACGAAUGACCGAAUAUACUGCUCAACAAAUUGCCACAUUGCAGAGUCGACUGGAGAAGCAGCUGGGGCCUGAGUAUAUAUCCGCGCGAGCUGGUCCAUCCGGUCAAAAGGUCCACUACAUUGCCGCCGAAAAGUGCAUCGCCCUUGCAAACGAGGUUUUCGGCUUCAAUGGCUGGUCCUCGGGGAUUCAGAACAUACAGGUUGAUUUCGUCGACGAGCAUCCACAGACUUUGAAGAUCAGCCUGGGUCUAUCGGUCAUUGUACGUGUGACGCUCAGGGAUGGUACUUUCCAUGAGGAUAUAGGGUAUGGGCAUAUUGAGAACUGCAAAGGAAAGGCAGCCGCUUUCGAAAAAGCAAAGAAGGAGGGAACUACAGAUGCGUUGAAGAGGGCGUUGAGAAACUUUGGCAACGUCCUCGGCAAUUGCAUCUACGACAAGGACUAUCUGGCCAAGGUCACCAAGCUGAAGCCUGGUCCCACCAAGUUCGAUGAAAACAAAUUGCAUCGGCAUUCUGAUUUUGCAAAGAAGGAGGAGAAGGAGAAGGAAGAGUCCCUGAUCAAGAAGGAGAUGGCUGACUCGCUCGACGACCUUUUGGAUGCCGACUUUGACGAAAUGGACUUCGCUAUUAAUGAGGAGGGUCACCCUGACGAAAUUGUGCUGCCACCUGCAAACAAUCCAUCGACAACCGUGCCGAACCAGGCCAUCAAGUCAGCCCAGAAUAUGCAACCUCCUUCCAGGCCCAUGGGCAGGAGUGUCUCAGCUGGCAAUGUGGGCAACAUGCGAGGUCCGCAAACCCCUACUCAGGGGUCAAAUAUGAGGCAGGCUCCUCAAGGAGCAUACCAAAACAGACCAGUACCCCCUAAUCAACCACGAGCGCCUGCGAACAUAGUAGCACCUGCGGCUCCCCAGAACAUUCAACGGGCUAAUAACGGUACGCCCCCACCGAACGCUGGUAGUGCCGCUGCGGCUGGGACGCCCGAGUCUGUGGGCUUCUUCUCUGCUCGCGCCGUCAAAGAUAUCCCUGAGAGCAAGUUGAGCAGCAACAACCCAAACGCCGCUCUUUCCCUUGCACCAGGACAACACGCAUUCAACCCAAAGGCCGAAAGCCCUUCGAUCCGAAAGACCCCUGGGAUUGACCACAGCUCUUCCAAACCUGUUUCUCGGAACGGGCAGCAUGUUCCUCCGGCAGCCAGUCAGUCGGGAGCUGCAGGGGGUGGUGGGAUCUCGAACGCUUCGGGUUUCACCCCACAAAGACCGACCUCGGGACCUCAAGGUGGCAUGGGAAACCCGCAACUCAGCCAAACAAGACGCAUCGGAGCACCCGCUGGCCCGGCUAGCCCCCUCGCCAAUCGCAACUCGUAUCGCGCCCCUACUAUGAUCAAGAGACCAGUACCCCAGGAAGGGGCGACAGGUAGGCCACCGCUAGCUGAGGUAGUGAACAAGACCGGGCCUACAGUGAACAGUGGUAGUGAAAUGGCUGCAGUCGAUGCUGCUAAGCGGCAGAGAACAUCUUAG